AUGGCGCUGGUAAACUGUUCCGUUCCAUUGGUUCUACUGGUUCGCUGUGAUACGCAGCGUCGCAUGCUCAACGCCGGCAUAGCCGGACAGACAGGCGCGGCACUGUACAAACACGUACAUGGCACGGCACGCUGCGGCCACUGCGGUGCCGUCGCUGACGUCAAGUCGGGCCAGCUUGUGUGGCCGGAGACUGUGGUUCGUUGGUGA